CUUUUUUAAUUCUUCUUAUAUCCGACUUUCCGCUCUUGCGAUAGUUCGCUACUGCGCUCGCAGUAUCAAAUUUUUUUUAGUCUCAUCAUUCUCUCUCAAACCCAAAGUGAAGUUAAGUGAUUGAGCUACUGUUUGGCACCUGAGGAGAUCACCAGUUUAACGAAAUGAAGCUCAAUUGUGUAAAUUGCAAUCAGUUUUUGAAUAAUCUGACUAAAUAGUUGAAUGGAAGCACAUGCCUUGAUAUGUUUUGAGUUUUCAAGGUGGAAGAAAGUAUUGUAUUGGGCCUAUUGGCCAUUUGAAAAAUCAGCAUAAUUGUCCAAAGCUCCUACUGUAACUUUCUAGAGACAGUUGACAUGGGCCUAAUAAGUGCUGUGGGUGCAAGAUCCUUUUUACUCGUUCUCCAUAUUGCUUUGGAAUAUUGGGGGCGUGUAAGAUGGGAUGAGGAUAAUUUGGGGGAAAUUGAAGCAAAUAAACCUGUGAGGCAGAAAAUCACUGAACCCAAGACACCAUAUCACCCUAUGAUUGAUGAUGAUGAAUCUAUGUCACCUAUGCGGGGUAGCUUUGAUGAAUGUGUUGGUGACGCUAUAAAUGCGGAAGCAAUACGCACUGCUUUGACUGACGUGGCUUCUUCAAGUAAAAUCGACGGCCAGAAAUCCGGUGGCUGGACAUCAUCUGAGGACGAGGCAGAGGCAGAGGCUGCAGGACAGGAUGAUGAAGAUUCUGAGAGCGAUAGGAGUAUGAGUUUUAGGGAGCACAGAAAAGCUCAUUAUGAUGAAUUUCUGAAAGUAAAAGAACUCCGGCGUAAAGGAUCACUUAUUGAGGAUGAAGUUGAUAAGGACAAUGAAGGUCAUGUAGAAAAGGACAGGAAAUGUGAUUCAUCUUCAUCAUUAACUGCUGGUGUGAAGGAAAUAGACAUUGAUAAACAAGGGGUUGGUUCAGUGGACUAGGACAAUUGACACAAGCGACAGUUGCCACAAGCACCAACAUCGUGAAUUUGGUUUGUGCUCACUGCUCAUUGACAUUUUUCUGUGUUAGUCUCCUCUAAAUCCUCAAAUUGCUUGUGGAUGUAUCCCAACUGAUUUGAACAAAUUGCUUGUAAUAGGUUCUUUUUUUUGUAUUUUUCUCGUCUUCAUUUGCAACACACCAGCCUUUGUACUACUACGUUGCAUUAAACAGAAAUAAAGAAAAAUUAACCACCUAUUGCCGUAUUGAUUUUA